AUGGCGUCGGGGGAAGGAAAGCCAGCGAUACCCAAGUUCGCGAGCUUCAAACCAAAAGUCCAAGCUGAGACGAAAGCCCAGGAACCAUUAAAGACAAGCCGGGAUGCCGUCCGACAUAGGGAGCACGAUGGUGCUCGAUAUGCCUCCCGGGCUAAGCGAGAGGGAAAGCGCAGUGACCACCAGCCGGCCGGCCACCCUACCUCCACAGGCUACAGUGAUACGCGGCAUUAUCGCGGAUCUGGUCGCCCAGUCGAACAGACGGAACCGGUUCAGCAUAAACCGGAUUUCUUCAAAAUAGAUACGAAGGGUGACAGAUACAACGUGGAAUAUGGAGCGCCUCACAGAUACAAUGUUCCGUCUUAUCAUCGUGUCGGGGCGGGAAGGAUCCUGGGGCUCCCUAAUAGCUUUGCCAUCGAUCGCGAAUCGAGCUUGGGAACCAAGAUUGUGGUCCGCCCGCGCGGCAGUCAUGCCGCAACCGACAGCACCAGACAAAAAUAUAGCUCUUCUGUCUGGAAGCGAGUCAGUAAACUCAAGGAAUACAGACGCAUUCGGCACGAUCCCCGCGGCGAGACCGAUUCGGAAUCGCAGCAGAGCUUUAUUCCUUUAACCUCAAGUAGGGGCAGAAAACGAAGAAGACUUGACAGAGCCUCUUCCGAAGAUUCGGGGCCAAACUACCGAUCAAUUGAGGGGAAAGCCAAGCCGGUCGACGAGCCCGAUUUGGAUGGCGAUUUGACGUCGGAUUCGGAUCUGGAGCUAGAAGGGGAGGCUGCACGACGUCGAAAUGCUACACUUUCAGCGCGUGUAUCGUCGCACCCAGAUGACGUCAAUGGGUGGUUGGAUCUCAUCAACCAUCAGAGCAACAUGGUUGGGACGGCAGAUUCAGAAGGUCGGCGGACCCAUACAGUUGCUGAAAAAAGGAGUAUUGCGGAAGUUAAGGUCUCCAUGUACGAAAACGCGUUGCGUAAAAUUCCAGCCGAUGUCCCCCGCGACGGUCUAUUACUCGGCAUGAUGGAAGAGGGUGCCGCGAUCUGGGAUACGAAAACUGUGGCCGACAAAUGGAAAAACGUCUUGCAGUCAAAUCCAGGAUAUAUCGCCCUGUGGGUUAAAUACCUAGACUUUCAACAGACCCGCUUUGCCAAUUUUACGUACGAAGCCUGCCGACAAAUUUUCUUAGAGUGCCUGAACAUCAAUCAAACCCAGCCUGACAGCUUAAAACAGGGUGCGAUUGAUAUCUAUAUCCUUCUGCGGCUUAGUUUGUUUAUGCGAGAGGCAGGAUUUUGUGAGCAUGCCUUUGGCAUAUGGCAGGCAAUAUUGGAAUUCAACCUUUUUCACCCAAGCUCCCUUGAUCUCAAAAGCAAUCUUUCCAACGCUCGUCGGGCAUUUUCUGAGUUCUGGGAUAGCGAAAUUCCACGGCUCGGGGAGGUCGGGGCUAAAGGCUGGGGCGCUGAAAAUGAACCCCCGGAGGCCAAAUCAGACCCGCCUCUUGGAAACAUUGCUACCAGAGCAAUCUUUGAAUCUUGGGUCAACACGGAGCGAUAUCAGAUGCAUUACUCCCGUUUACCAGCUAGAACACUGGAUGAGGUCCAAGAAGACGAUCCAUACCGAGUGAUAUUGUCUUCUGAUAUUUCGGAUUUCCUUCUAUUCUUCCCUGAAGAACAGCUGCAAAGUUUGCUUCUUGAUGCAUUCCUACUCUUUUCCCAUCUCCUGCCACAAUCAUUCGAACAAAACGGCGAUAUUUUGAAAGAAUGGUGUGAAGACCCUUAUGUUCGCAACUUGGCUUUAGAACAAGUAAAUGCUUCUUCACAAUGGUUCAAGGCAUUGUCCCAUGAUCCGGAGGCUUCCAGCCUACCUUUACUCUCGUCCUUUCCCUACUCUAACUUCAUACCAACGGAAGACAGCAUUUUCAGCGAUGGCUCCGCUUGGUUCUCCGCCUUUGAGUCUUGGAAAUCCACGUAUGUAGACACUACCAGCUCUCUCGACGCUGCAUCGGUCCGGCGGACCUUGCGGCAAUUGGUGGACCGUGUCUCUGCCAGCGAUACAUUGGCUAUUUAUUCGGCUGGCCUUGAAUAUAUAUGCAAUCCCAAUGACGCUAUAAAAUAUGCUAAAAGUCUUCUACGGAAGCGCCCGUCAAACAUUGGGCUUUAUAACGCAUACGCACUAAUCGAGAGUCGCCGUGGUCGGGAGGCUGCAGCUGACAAGGUCUGGAUGACGACUUUAUCAAUGAGCAAGUCGUUCCCGGAGGAGGUGAAGAAAACCUGUGUGUUGCUGUGGCGAUCCUGGAUUUGGGAGGCGUUGAACAAAAACAAUGCUUCCAAAGCAAUUCAAGUCCUCCUUGCGAUUUCAGAAAAUGCAAUUGACGCUGAUAGGCUAUCGAGUCAUGCAGAGCAGGUGAAGGACCUUAGUCCAGCAGAGUUUCUGAAAAUACAAAAGGUAGGGUUGACUUCUCCUUAG